AUGAGGCUGAUAUUGCUCACGUUACUCUUGGUUCUUGCCGUUAACGGAGGCGUACUUGACAAAGUGAAAGGAGUGUUCACUGGAGAAGGCAGUUUUGGACAAAAACUGAAGAAUGCAACUAUUGUUAGCUUCAAAAAGCUCUUCGAAAACACGGCACUCUUCAGAAUCAAUGAUAAGAUCAGGAGCAUGAAGGAAAAAGUGUUGAAGACCCUGGAACUAUCACCAGCGAUGAUGAAGUCACUGCAAGAGAGAUUAAAGAAACUGCGACCUUUCAAGAACGAUAAAGUACACGAGAUGGGAGACACUAUUACAGACGUCAAUAAAAAUAGUCAGGUCGACCAAUACCUCUACCAAGGCGACAUGCUUUUAACAGAGUACGUUUAA